AUGGGGUCAACUGACGAUAGAGUCAUUAUAGUCGGAGGGAGUAUUGCCGGUCUGUCUCUAGCUUUGAUGCUUGAGAAGAAUGGAAUCGACUUUCUCGUUCUGGAAGGCUAUCCCAGUAUUGCUCCUCAGGUUGGAGCGAGUAUUGGCGUUUUAGCCAAUGGGUUACGCAUCCUUGAUCAACUAGGGUGCUGCGAGGAAGUAGUGAAAGCAGCUGAAUUUCCAGUUGAAACAGUACUUUUCCGUGAUUCACACGGUCGGCCUUUCUGGCAGUUUGAGGACUUCAACCAGCAAAUGACAGCAAGACAUGGCUACCCAGCCGUUUUUCUCGAUCGGCGCAUGCUGAUCCAAAUUCUUUACGACAACAUUCGGCAAAAAGACAAAAUUUUGGUCUCAGAGCGCAUCGUUUCAGUAACGACUCACCCCUCACACGCAUCUGUUACCACAAAGGAAGGCAAAGAAUAUUCUGGAACUUUUGUUGUUGGAGGAGAUGGAAUUCAUUCCACUGUACGACGGCAAAUGUGGGACCAAGCACAGAAGAUGGAUCCAACUUGGUUUGAUCAAAAUGAGGCGCAAUUACUUCCAGCCACGUACGCAUGCAUCUUCGGCAUAUCCCAAGGCGUCUGUGGUGUUGAAAAAGGCACGCUCACCUCCGUGUUCAACGAGCACUAUUCCUAUCUAGUCCCUAGUGGGCCAGGUGAUAGAACUUACUGGUUCUUGGUGAAGACAAUGGACAAGACCAUGUAUGGUUCUGACAUUCCUCGGUUCACAAAAGACGAAGAAGAAGCUCUCGCAAAGGAGCAUUGGGAUGACUAUAUUACACCAACACUACGAUUCUCAGACUUGUAUAAAAAAAAGUUGAGCUCAGUAUAUACGUCUUUACCAGAGUAUGUAUACAAGAAAUGGUACUUUGGAAGAAUCAUGACCAUUGGCGAUGCGGCCCACAAGCUCGAACCGAUUACUGGACAAGGUGGAAAUUCAGCAAUUGAAACUGCAGCAGCUCUCACAAACAACAUUGUCUCAGCCUUGAAGGACCAUCCGUCAAGAUUGUGCCAGCUUUCAAACGAUGAAAUCAACUCAAUUUUUGAACAAACUCAACGCCAGCGAGAGGAGCGGACAUGGAAUCUCGUGAAAGCAUCACACUCACGACAACGUAUGGAAUGCAUGGAGACGCCACUCCUGAAAUUUGUGGCCAAAAAUGUCAUACCUUAUAUCCCAAAGCAAUUGCUUGUUAACAACUGGAUUCAAACUUAUUCCCCGGCCGUUUCAUUGAACAUGUUUCCGAAGCCCAAAAAGGAUCAUGAGAUGCCAUAUUACGACGAGUUGCUCCGAAGCCCGUCCCCUCGUGGGCUGCUCGGCUAUAUGGCUUAUGCCAUUUUUGCAAUCAUGGCCCUCAUUGGCUAUAAGUUGUUGUUCACUGCUGGAAAAGCUAACGGUACAUGGUCACUCCUUGGUCAGGCUGUCCUGAGCCGUUCAAUCAAAGAGAUUGAUGUGGAACUGCGACAGGUGUAUACUGGUGUCCCUUCAAUUGACAAGCUUCUCAAGACUCUAGUGGCUAUUUUCAUGCCAGCAAUUAUGCACCCAUCCAAUCCAGAGCAGCCACUGCAACUACUGUACUUCCUAUCGUCAAUGUUACCAUUGAUCGGUAUUUUCACAAUUGAAGGGUAUCGACGACGGAACAGAUGGACACCGAUUGCCAGUGCUGGCUUCUGGGGCAUACUGUAUCAGUUACGUGGGAUCGGGUUCAUUGCACCGGUGUACUUCGCAAUGAGCCUCUUCGCAUCGCGUCGAGCCAACUUCUUCGUUCAACCUGGAAGAUAUGUCCCGGCAGCCAAAUUUAUUCUCCCUGCACUCGUAAUUGGGUUCAUUGUGCCAACUAGCCUUAUCUUUUUUCCCUUCAAGGAUCCAAUCAUCCAGCAAGGCGUAAUCGCGUUCUGGCAGCCAGCGCCGUUACUUGUUUCCUGUCUUACAAUGAUUUUCUCCACUGCAGAAACUAUAGUUUCGAGCGCCCUUGGAUGGAACAAAUACUGCCCUAGGAAGCCGAACAACGAUCUUCCACAUUUAAGAAUGAUUUAUCAAGUAACAGGGGUUGUUUCGGCCUGUCUUCAUCUGAGCCUGAUAAUAGGGUGCUUGCUCUCGGCAGAGUUAUCUCUGACGCGCCUCUUUGUCCCUGAAAGUUCAUUCGCACCCGUGGGCACACUGGCGGAUGGAGUUUUCAUCUUCUUUCGAAAUGAUUUUCUUCUCGUCACAGCAGCUUGUGUCUUGUGGUGUCUGCUAAGUAUCUGGGAUAUGAAUCGAUCUGGGCUCUCCGAAAUAGAUUUGCGAAUUGCUCUGGGCGCAUUGGUUGUUGGGGAUGUGGUUAUUGGCCCUGGCGCCACCGCUGCAACUGUCUGGUUAUGGCGCGAGAAAAUGAUGAGUCGAGAGUAA